AUGUCCAGGCUCCUGAGAGGUAUCUUCUGUGUCAUUGAGAUAUUCCACAAGUAUGCCAGUGAGGAUGGCAACAAGGAAGCAAGGCUGACCCACAGAGAGCUGAGACAGCUCCUUGAGGAAGAAAUUGGGGACUUUCUUCAGCCACAUGUCUUUCAUGCUGUGGAAAGAAAGUUGAACCUUCUGGAUUUUGACAGAGAUGGCACCAUCAGUUUUGAAGAAUUUCUCCUUGCAAUCUUCAGCCUAUUGAACCCGCCUUAUUUUGACAUAUCUUUACUAAAUUCAGAACCAAGACUGAUGUCUAAAUCAGAGAAGACGGAUGCUGUGGAUUUGGGAGCAAUCACUGGAAGCACUCAGCGGGUAGUAGGGGAUGGGCCAACUCAGGAAAGGCUCAUAUUUUCACCAGAAAUGUCAUUAACAGGUCAGCCCUGCAAGGAAGAAGGUGAGGCAGGUGAUGAGCCUAUGGUGAGCCCAUGGGAAGAUGUUAAGACCCACGGCCUGCCAAGAAAUGUGUCUGAGCCAAAUGACCCUGAGAAACACCAGCCAAAAGAAGAUGCUCAGGAAGUCGCACAAACUGUUCCAGCAGCAGAAUAUGAUGUAGUCCAAUAUCAGAGAAAUACAGCAGUAGAAGUAUCCAAACAGAGUGCUGGCCUAACACAGGAGAUCCCAAGACAAGGGAAUAAAACAUCCAGGAGGCAAAGUGACACCAAGAUAAGUGACUAUGUGAUUCAGAGGCCAACUGACUAUGAGGAGCGCGCUUCUGCAACACAAGAUCCAAUCCUGCAAAAAGAAGACAAAGUCGCCGGGUCAGCGCACACUGACUUGCCAGUAGUAGCUGCUACCGGGAAAUCAUCUCAGACACAGGAAGUUCUUGAGCCUACCGAUGAUAUGAGACUAUCUGAGACUCAAGGAACUAGAAAGGAUGCUGGCAGAAUGCCACCUGAAACCACGCAUUUAGAGGAGCCCAAAGCCGAUGCUAGUGCAUCUGGGAGCCACAGUUUGCCAAUUCAAGAAAGAGAACAUGAAACAAGGGACCUGUCUGUCCAAAGCCGGAGCAGAAAUGUUUCAGAAACAUCUAGUAGAGGUGAGUGGGAGGAGGAAUGUGAAGAACAUGAAAGAAAAACCAGAUCUCUAGCACCAGAAGCUGAAACACCGGACGAGAAGUGUCAAGAAUUCCCAGGAUCACAGAGGGAAAAUGAUGCGGAAAGGGGCGCUGCUGCGCUAGAUCCAAGCUCUGGAGAAGGAAAUCAGAAUCUCCCUGAAGUCAAGGAAGAAUCUAUCUCCGAAAAAGAGGCAAGACACAGUGAGGAAGACACAGUAGAUACGUUUGCAAUCAACAAAACCAGCCCGGCAGUUGAAGAGACACCAGAAACAAGAGAAAGGUCCCAAGAGCUGGCACCGCUUGAGGAGCAAUCUCAAGGGAAAAAGCAUAGAGCUGCCAAGACUCAUGACGAGUCAGUUAGGAAGGAGGACCACAGUGAGGGAGAAGACCCUGAGUUAUCACCUACACAGAGCGAUGAGGGCUUUUGUGAAACUCCCAACAGCCUGGCUCCAGAGGUAGGUAAGAGCAGCUCAGAGACAGCUGAGACACGUGUACCAGGGGAGUCACAGAGUCAGGUAGAGCACCAUGGAGAUGCUAAGCAAGAAAGUCACAUUAACAACCCAGAUUCCCAGAAGCAGGGAGUACCAGGCGAGAGCAACAGAGAACAGGAGGCGGUAGUGCUGUCAAUCCAAGAAGAUGGACAGCUCCCAGAGGAAGAGGAAGAAGAGAGAGAGGAUGAUGGUCUGAGCUCAAGGACCAAAAGAGGCCCAGGGGGAGCUAUGGAGCCCGGUGAAGAAGGGGAAGCCACAGCAGGGAGUGAAAACAAAAUCACUAGAGGCAGAGGGUUCAGAGCCCAGUGA